GUUCUGGUACAGUUCCGCGGUCGCGUUUGGCGUGGAGGGUCUCGUGGUGACCGGCGGCAUUGCCCGGGGAGCCUGGUGAGCUGGGAACAGGGACAGCUCUCGGAGCACAGGAACCACGGAGAGCACAUGGGUCAGACGGGUCGCCGAUUGGAGAGCACUGCAGAACACCGUUGAGAAGCGGGAGCCGGGAGUACAGCAGUGAGAAGUGAGAAUACGUUAUCAGCGGGAGCACUUGUGUGUGGGGGACACCGGUCAGCAGCCGGGACGUUUUUUAGCAGCUGGAACCCUUGUGUUCCAAAAACACUGGUGAACAGAGGAAGCACUGCCGUGAAGGGCAGGAACACCUGGAGCAGCUGGAACACAGCUGGCAGGUGAGAAGAGGUAACAUUGAUGAGCACUGAGCAGUUGAAAGACGGAACACGCAUCGCUGAACAGUGUCGGGAUUUUGGGUAGGCGGCGCCCGACCGCCGCGCCGUCGCGCACGGACCGAUAAACCGUUUAAUUUUGCAUGCAUGAGCAAGUAGGCCGUGUUAUACACACUACUCAGUGUCAUAUGACUUUGCUCGGCUGCUGAAGUUGCAGCUGUGCAUUAUGGUUGGCGAGCGGUCAACGGAGCACUGUGUAAAUUUAUAGCGCCCCUGAAGAACCCUGCCAGCUGCUGCAACAUUCUCUUUCAGCCGCGCCGUGACGUGGCGUCACGGGACGGCCGUGACGGCGGAGGAUCGGUACCGUCACACCGUCACCGGCAGCGUCAGGUGGUCGCCGCCGGCCCCGUUCCGCGACCUGUGACGUCAUCGGGGCAUGAUAGUGCGUGGUCGUUUAUCGGCGGACUGAUAUCUACUCUGUAGGUCAUCAGAGCCAGACACCUCCGGUGUGAGAGAGGAGAGCUGUGACGCGGUGAGAGAGGUGGGACAAAGUGAGAGAGCCGGGAGGACGGUGAGAGCCGGGAGGACUCCAAAAGACGCGGAGGACUGGACCUAUUGAGGCUCUGUCGCAAGAAUAGACUCAUUGAGGGAGCCAUCCAACGAAAAGCAAAGCAAAUCGCUGUGGCUUAGGAUAAAGAUCUGCUGCGAGGAACAAGCGAAAGCGGCCGAGGAGGACGGAUACUAAGAGAGGACAGUCGUCGGUGUGAGGAAUGGGCAACAAGAACUCGACCUCCCUCACCAGCGAGGAGGUAGAGGAGUACGCCGAGCUGACCUACCUCAAGAAACGAGAGAUCAUCAGAGCCUUCUCGAGAUUUCGGAGCAUUGAUCCUCUUACGGUGGACGAGAACAGCAUGACCCGCCUGAGAUACGACCUUAUUCGGGACAAUGUGGCCGAAAUCAAGUGCAACCCGUUCGGCACCAGGAUGUUGAUGCUGUUUUCGUCUGAGCAUGACGAACGUCUGAGCUUCGAGGACUUCCUGGACAUGCUGUCUGUGUUCAGCAGGGCGGCUCCGAUCACACUGAAGACCAGCUACGCCUUCCGCUUGUACGAUUUUGACGGCGACUCGGAGCUUGGCAAGGAGGACCUGAAGCGCGUGCUCAACUAUCUGGCCGUCCAGGGGGACAGCGUUCUCUCCGAGGAGGAGAGGGAGACCAUCGUGGACAAGAUCCUGGAGGAGUCAGACAUCGCCAGGAGCGGUACCAUCAACUUCCAGGAGUUCCAGCACGUGGUGGCCCGCUGUCCUGAAUUCACCCAGUCCUUCUCAUUCGAGCUCGUCUGAAGUUGUCUGGUGCUCAGUGUUAGUCCCAAUGGUCCGGUCCCGCCGACAUUACUUAAAAACAUGACGGAGCCGCAGAGAGCCCAACUACCUGGACAAAUGAGAUUGCUGGAUGCGGGCAGUGAGCUUAUGAACGUUUGUACCUAAGUGACUCCGCAAUUUGUGCAAUGCCACGUGUGAGUGUUUGUAGGUGAGGGAUGUUAGGCGGUAUCAAUCUAUAAAUGGUGCAUUUUUUGUGAUAUGUUGAAGUGAACAUUCGCCGUAUUUUUCUGACUAUAUGUGUUUGUAGGAGGAUAUAAGUGAGCUUGAAUCAAUGUUGCAUAUUAUGUUCUGAUCUCGGCAAAGAUGUAUUAUGAUCGCCUGGGUCACCGCACAAUUGGCACGAUUCUUUACAUUUCCGACUGUUUACUUUGUAUCCAUACUCUGCCUGUAUUUCUUACUGAGACGAAAACCGUGAAGUAAGGUGCAAGUCAUUGGUAAGCGAUCAGGUAGAUGAGACGUAAGCCAACGGGUGACAAGAGCCGCAUUCUGCACGCCGGAUGCCGUCCAACAUUGCCGUAAAGCCACUUACGACAGAUGGCAGCACUGUUCGGCGAACAGACGGCGCUGCUAGCCACUUCGGCCUGGAGUAGGUACUCGACUGAUGGCUUUUAGUGCUCGAGACAGACCGGACCGGCUAUAUGGUGUUUUGUUUGAACACAAAUUUGACCCUAAAUGAACUUUUACCUGCAGAAAA